GCCCGCAGUCAGUGCCGGCGGGGAGGCUGGGGCCACCUGAGCCGGAGCCCCCUUCUAGGCGGGGGCGUCCGGCACCACCUCAAUGAGGCCGCGGCGCGGGGCCGGGAGACGCCGCGCAGCCACCAGCCGCAGCAUCCGGAUCAGUAAGGCUCGCGGGACAGGGGCAGGGGACCGGCUCGCCCCCACUCCCACUGUCGCUCGCUCUAGCUCCCGAGUCGCCCUCUCUCCCCGGGAGCGCAGCUCGUCUCCCCUCUCCUCGCUCACUCGCCUGCGAUGCCUUUUCCUCUAGAUUUGGGGCUGUGGGUCCGCCGCGCUCGGGCGGUCAAGUGCCGUCCGCCCGGGAGGGCGUUUGGGCAGGUCGGUCCUCGGGAUGGUGCCUGGCCAAGUGAUGCAUCAGAGAGUGGCAUGCUGUCCCGCCUGGGAGACCUGCUCUUCUACACUAUUGCUGAGGGACAGGAACGAAUCCCUAUCCACAAGUUCACUACUGCACUGAAGGCCACCGGGCUACAGACGUCAGAUCCCCGGCUCCGGGACUGCCUGAGCCAGAUGCGCCACAUGGUUCGAGAGUCCAGCAGUGGUGGCCUCUUGGACCGAGAACUCUUCCAAAAGUGUGUGAGCAGCAACAUUGUGCUCCUGACCCAGGCAUUCCGAAAGAAGUUUGUCAUUCCUGAUUUUGAGGAGUUCACGGGCCAUGUGGAUCGCAUCUUUGAGGAUGCCAGAGAGCUCACUGGAGGCAAAGUGGCCGCCUACAUCCCUCAGCUGGCGAAGGCAAAUCCAGAGCUGUGGGGUGUCUCCCUGUGCACUGUGGAUGGUCAGCGGCACUCUGUGGGCCACACAAAGAUCCCAUUCUGCCUGCAGUCCUGCGUGAAGCCCCUCACCUACGCCAUUUCCAUAAGCACCCUCGGCACCGACUACGUGCACAAAUUUGUGGGCAAGGAGCCCAGUGGCCUGCGGUACAAUAAGCUCUCCCUCAAUGAGGAAGGCAUCCCCCAUAACCCCAUGGUCAAUGCUGGCGCCAUUGUUGUGAGCUCCUUGAUCAAGAUGGACUGUAACAAAGCUGAGAAGUUUGACUUUGUCUUGCAAUUUCUGAACAAAAUGGCUGGGAAUGAAUACAUGGGUUUCAGCAAUGCCACAUUCCAGUCAGAGAAGGAAACAGGGGAUCGGAAUUAUGCCAUUGGCUAUUAUCUAAAGGAGAAGAAGUGCUUUCCGAAGGGAGUGGACAUGAUGGCAGCUCUCGACCUCUACUUCCAGCUGUGCUCCGUGGAAGUCACCUGCGAAUCAGGCAGUGUCAUGGCAGCCACCCUGGCCAACGGUGGGAUCUGCCCCAUUACAGGCGAGAGCGUGCUGAGCGCCGAAGCCGUGCGCAGCACACUCAGCCUCAUGCACUCCUGCGGCAUGUAUGACUUCUCAGGCCAGUUUGCCUUCCACGUGGGCCUGCCAGCCAAGUCGGCUGUGUCUGGAGCCAUCCUGCUAGUGGUUCCCAAUGUCAUGGGAAUGAUGUGUCUGUCACCUCCACUGGACAAGCUGGGGAACAGCCACAGGGGCAUCAACUUCUGCCAGAAGCUGGUGUCUCACUUCAAUUUCCACAACUAUGACAACUUGAGGCACUGUACUCGGAAACUAGACCCACGGCGCGAAGGGGCAGAAGUUCGAAACAAGUCUGUGGUGAACCUAUUGUUCGCUGCCUACAGUGGAGAUGUCUCAGCUCUAAGAAGGUUUGCUUUGUCAGCCAUGGACAUGGAACAGAAAGACUAUGACUCUCGCACAGCCCUGCAUGUCGCUGCAGCUGAAGGACACAUGGAUGUUGUUAAAUUCCUGAUUGAGGCCUGCAAAGUGAAUCCUUUUGUCAAGGACAGGUGGGGCAACAUUCCUCUGGACGACGCUGUGCAGUUCAACCACGUGGAGGUGGUAAAGCUGCUUCAAGACUACCAGGACUCCUACACGCCCUCAGAGACCCAGACUGAGGCAGCAGCUGAGGUCCUGUCCAAAGAGAACUUAGAGAGCAUGGUGUGAGCCUGGGGGCCAUGCACAGUCCCUGCUCAAGAAAAAAGCAUGAGCUGGCCACAUACUUAACCUAUCACCACCAAACAUGCUAUGGAGCGCUGCACUGCUUCAGUGGGGACCGGACUUAGACCAGUGCUUCUUUGAGAGCAAAAAUGCCCCAUUCUCUUGGCAAACAGUAUAGAGAAGUGCCUCAGUGGACACCUGCAGUAGAGAGCUACCUAUGGAGCCCGGAAGCUGCUUCGAGCUACAGUCUAAUGGCUUGGCCCACUCAAACCACCCCAGGUCUUCCCACAGACUCCCUCUUCUCCCUAAAGAAACCAUCCUGAGGGAAGGAUUUCUUACGAUCUAGCAGGAGGGGAGGUAGCUUUCUUUGUGCCUGGUUUUAGGCCUCUGGAGAGAUCUGCUGCCCCAUCCCCUUGGCCAGGAAGUGCUACUGCUAAUAGCAAUUUUAUAGACAGAGAAAGUAUUUUGUGUUCAAAUAAACUUUAAUUAUACAAAUUA